UAGUGUCACUGCCCUACAGCCCGAUUUGCUUCUUCAUCCCGUUUUGCUUCCAGGGCUCAGUUUUCGGUCACGGCCAGACCCUCGUUUCCUUGAAAUACCAAUGUGCGCAUGCGGACAGGAAAUGACGUCAUAUAACUGAUCCCUGGAAGCAAAACGGGAUGAAGAAGCAAAUAGGGCUGUGACACAGUGACAGACAGCCAGUGAUAGGCAGGCGCGCGCUACUGCACGUGACCGUCCCGUGACAGCGGGUCAUAUGACUUGAACAACAUCCGGGAGUUAUUUUUGGUUUCAAAAUAAACCUCCUUAUACGAAUUACAGUCAAACUCAGGGUUCGUUUUCCAGCCCAAGAUUUGUGUCUGCAUUGCCACGGCGCUGCGGGCAGGUGCUGACGCCAGCGAGGCUCUCCUUGACACGGAACCGCCGCAACUGUUCAAGGAGUCCAUUAUUUUGAAGGAUUGGAGCGGAAGCCUGAGGUCACCGCAGCCGCUCGCCUGGCGAUGCACAGUUCAGUUCCGGCAACAUGAGUGAGGAGCAUUAUCUCGAGCUCUGUGAAAACCCGGUGCAGUUCGAGCACGCUUCCGGAGUCAACAAUGUUUUCUUCGACGAGGCCAACAAGCAGGUGUUCGCCGUGCGGUCGGGCGGCGCCACCGGCGUGGUGGUCAAGGGUCCGGACGACAAGAGCUCGCUGGCCUUCAGGAUGGACGACCGAGGAGAAGUCAAGUGCAUCAAGUUCUCCAUCGGGAACAAGAUCCUGGCCGUGCAGAGGAGCAGCAAGUCGGUGGACUUCAUCAACUUCAUGCCAGACGUCCCUCACACGCAGUUCUCCCAGGAGUGUAAGAUGAAGAACGCCAGCGUGCUGGGCUUCUGCUGGACCAACUGGAACGAGAUCGUCUUCAUCACUGAUCAGGGGAUCGAGUUCUACCAGGUGUUUCCUGACAAGCGCAGCCUGAAGCUGUUGAAGAGUCACAGCAUCAACGUGAACUGGUACCAGCACUGCCCCGAGCUGGCGGUCAUCCUGCUGUCCACCACGGUGCAGGGCAACGUGCUGCAGCCCUUCACCUUCAGGAACGGCAGCGUGGCCAAGAUGAACAAGUUUGAGAUCGAACUUCCGCUCGUCCCCAAACCCGCCAAGCUCAGUCUGUCGGAGCGGGACGUCGCCAUGGCGACCAUCUACGGCCAACUGUACGUGAUGAACCUGAAGCACCAGUCCAGAUCUGCCCAGAGUCCCGGCGCUGAGGUGGUCCUCUACCACCUGCCCAGGGAUGGCGUGUGCAAGAAGACUCACGUGCUGAAGCUCAACACCACGGGGAAGUUUGCUCUCAACAUCGUGGACAACCUGGUGGUGGUCCAUCACCAGAGCUCUCAGACGUCGCUCAUCUUCGACAUCAAGCUGCAGGAGCCCGACUCUGCCGUCAACACUCACCAGCCGGUCCUGCCCGCCCGCUCCAUCACGCCGUACCGGGUCCCCGUGUCGGGCCCCGCCGUGGUUCCGCCCUGCCAGCUCUACUCCUCGUCUUGGAGCGUCUUCCAGCCGGACAUCAUCAUCAGCGCCAGUGAAGGUUACCUGUGGUACCUGCAGGUGCGGCUCCCGCCCACCGUCCGGCUGCUCAAGGACAAAGGGAAGCUGAUGGACUUCCUGUUACGGCGCCAAGACUGCAAGAUGGUCAUCCUGUCUGUCUGCUGCCAGAUUCUGGACGGGUCGGAGCGAGGGAGUCUCCCGGUGGUGGCCACCGUCUUCGACAAACUCAACCAGGUGUACAAGGAGCACCUGGAGGCCGAGCAGCUGUACGCGCUGGCCAUGGAGUCGGCCCCGGCUCGCGGCGCCGCCACCGUGAAGCGUCCGGUCCGAACACAGGCCGUCGUGGACCAGUCAGACAUGUACACGCACGUCCUGUCGGCCUUCACAGAGAAGAAGGACGUCUCCCACAAGUUUGUCAUCGCCGUCCUGAUGGAGUACAUCCGCUCCCUGAACCAGUUCCAGAUCCCUGUCCAGCACUACCUGUAUGAGCUGGUGAUCAAGACGCUGGUGCAGCACAGUCUCUUCUACAUGCUGCACCAGUUCCUCCAGUACCACGUCCUCAGUGACUCCAAGCCUCUGGCCUGUUUGCUGCUGUCGCUGGAGACCACCUACCCUCCUGCUCACCAGCUGUCGCUGGACAUGCUGAAGCGUCUGUCCACUGCCAAUGAUGAGAUCGUGGAGGUUCUUCUGUCGAAGCAGCAGGUUCUGAGCGCGCUCAGAUUCAUCCGCAGCGUGGGCGGCCACGACAACGUCUCGGCCCGGAAGUUCCUGGACGCGGCGCGGCAGACCGGAGACGCCAUGUUGUUCUUCACCGUGUUCCGCAGCUUCCAGCAGCGCAACCAGCGCCUGAGAGGGAGCCCGGCCUUCAACCCAGGAGAACACUGCGAGGAGCACGUCACCCACUUCCAGCAGCUGUUUGGAGAACAAGCGCUGAUGAAGCCUGCCACGGUCUGAAGCCUCCUGCGCCACCAACAGGAAGUGGAACUGCACUCAGCUGACCGUGACCCGGGUCGGGUCGGGUCGGGUUAGGUCGGCCUUGGUUACGAGCUGCUGACUCAUCAUUAAACUCUUCUGAACGGCCUGACUUGAUGCUUUGCUUACACACACUCCACACACGUCUGUCUGCCUGUCCUCGUGAGGACCUCUCCUGGCCAUCGCCCUUUCCCCAGCCUCAUGGCUCACCUGAAGCAGGACUCU